AUGCGUUCAGACACAGAGCCGGACCCAGCACGAGCAUUUGCGAACCCAAAAACGCACAACUGUAAUGUGACACUGAAGCCAUGCAUCAAGAAAAAGGCAAAGAGUACCACGACAACACCACCAGGCGAAUUUCAGGGGAAUGCUGUCAAGCUCAAGCCGGUAUUUCUACGUCGUGUCAGAACAGUCGACUUUCAAGAGGCUGGUGCAAAGUCAUCUUCCCCGCCACCCCAGGUAACCAUCACACCAAUAAGUCCAACCGAGACCCUGAAACACGAUAUCGGGCGUAGUGCCAGGUCUGCCGACGACCAUACAGAGACCGUCAAGCGGAAUGCAUCAUGCCCGAACACAAUAAGUACAGCGAAAAGUACUGCGGCAGAACCAGCUAUUACGCGGACGGAUGUCCAUGUCAUCGCUAUUGCUCCAUCUUGGAACGCGGACGACCUCGCCUCUGACGACGGCGCUGAUCCGGCAACACCUACUAUGCAGAUUAUUGAGACACAGAGUGACAGCUAUGAAGUGAUUUGGGACGAUGUACCACCUGAGCAUACCAUUAGGACAAGAGGGCGACGAAGCUCGCCAGCAAGUCAUGCUCUAGAGACUGCUAGUCCAAGCGCCAAACAUGGUCUUGAACGAGUCAACUCGAAGCUUGCGGGCUGGUCGGGAACGUGGAACAGUCCAUCAGACAGCUUCAAGCCAACCAUAGUGGUUUUUCCUGACGACGACGGUCGAGCUACUCGCUAUGACUGCACGGUGGACGAAGAGGAAGACCUGGCAGCAGUGCCUCCAAACAGCCGGAUGACAAGCGGUGCGCCUUCUCGCAUCCCAUCCCGCCCAGCGAGUGCGCCUUUGACUAGGACUGUGUCAUCUGAGGGGAUAUCACUCCAGGACGCCUUACAAGACACGCCACAGGCGGGGUCACCGCCUCUGGAGCAAUCUCUUGUGGUGCCCAGUGUUGAGAUCAGGGGGCGGAAGACGAAAUCAUCGGCAGGGGUUCGGAAGCUUUCGAAUCUCGAAGAAGCAGACACAAAGUUCCGUGAUCAUCGCGACUCUGUGACAAUUGCACACUCUCGUCUCGUGCGCUCGGGCGCUAUGUCGCCUGAACUGUUUGCGCGUGUUGAUUCUGUUUCGCUUGGGAAGAAGCGCAUGCAUGCGAGAAACCAUGCCGCAUCAUCAGCAAGAACAAUCUCGCGUCAGAAAGAAGUGUUAGUUGAGGCACUAGGGCUCCUUGCUGAUGAGGACAUCUCACUAGUAACAUUGCCUACCGUGAAAGAACAUGCUGCACAAGCGCUGAAUAAGAGCAAUUCACCGUCCAUCCUCCAAUCAUCACAACAGGCUGCCAACGAACGUCAUAUACGGGUAGUGGAGUAA